AUGGCGUCCGGCAGUGCUGCUACUCCUGCGUUCAGCUACGAGCCCUCACCAUGGAUCGACUUCUUUGCUGGAUAUGAGCCACCGCCGCUACAGAUUGACACCGCUAUGAGGCAAAUCCUGAAGAGUGAAUUUAGUAAGUACAACCUCUAUGAAGUGGCCCUUCGGUUUCGCCUGCUGAGGGAACAUGGACACUGGGUAUCUCCAGAUGUUUUCAAUCGAUUCAAAACUGAAGAUGGAAGCUUCAUCAAUGAUAUAACAAAUGAGCCCAGGAUACUAUUGUGUCUAUACAAUGCAUCUCAUCUUCUAGUUCAUGGUGAGCUGGCACUCGAAGAAACCAUAGCUUUUGCAAGGCAUCAUCUUGAAUCAUGUAGUGGUAGUUUCAAGACCCCCCUAGCUCAACAAGUCCAACGUGCCCUUCACAUACCAAUGCCAAGGACAAAUAAGAGGGUCGAAAUGCUACAUUAUAUCCUAGAGUACGAACAAGAGGAGCAUAACCCAAUCCUACUGGAGCUUGCCAAAUUGGAUUUCAACAUUCAGCAAAAUGUCCACUCGAAGGAGCUGAAAGCUAUUACCAGAUGGGAUAAGAGCGCCGCUUUUGUUCUGCCGGAGUACUUGAAGAAGUUCUAUACGGAGAUGCUGAGGACAUUUGAGAAUAUUGAGGCUGAAAUGCCAGCCAAUACGAACUACGAUAUAGUACACCUGAAAAAAGCGGUCCAAAAUAACGUGACUGGUUACCUGGAAGAAGCGAAAUGGUCACACAGGAACCACAAGCCAAGCUUUGUAGAUCAGGUCAAGUUGACUAGCCUGAACAUCCGCGUGCCAACAAUAUGUGUGAGUAUGAUGGCUGGAAUGAGUGAUGCAAUGAUGAAGCCAGCACUCAAAUGGGCUGCUAGUGUUCCGGACGUCGUCAUAUCAGUCGGGAAGAUUUCCCGUUUCAUGAAUGAUAUCGGUGCAUUUGAGCGUCGAAAAUGCAAGGGGGAUCUGGCAAGCACCGUAGAGUGUUACAUCAAUGAGUACAACGUGACAAGUGAAGUGGCCAUUACCAAAAUUGUUGCCCUGAUAGAACAAGAAUGGAAGACCCUGAACCAAGCUCGCUUUGAAAAUCAUCUUCACCCUGCAUUGCAGCAGUUCAUUAGCUUAGCGAUUAGCACAACAUUUUUCUAUGGUAACAGAAAUGAUGUAUACACGCACAGCGCACAUAUGCAGUGGACUAUUGAGAGGCUCUUCCUGAAGAAUAUGUAG